CGCUUGCCGGAAGGCCCCGGCAAUGCUGCGGAGAGAACCGGUUGCACGCCUCAAAAAGGCAAGGGCGAACUCUGCGGGCGGUGGAGGGGUCUGAGUAAGACCCGAAGUCGGACAUGCAAGACGACGGAGGGGGAGGAGGACCGGACGACGGAGGGUCCGCGCGCGGCGAUGUGGAAGGAUUUUGGAGUCAAAAUAUAUUAGAUUAUUUUCUGAAUACCAAGCAAAUUAAAUCAAGAGAUGGAGCUGAAAUCAUUUGGUAUCACAGAGCAAACAGUAAGCAACACAUGAAAGAGGCAAUACAGGGUGCUGCUCACAUGAUAGAAGCAGAUGUCCUGCUUUAUGGUAAUCACCCAGUCAUGGCUCAUCCACCUGAAACAAAUAGUGAUAACACACUCAAAGAAUGGUUAAAUGAAAUUAAAAGCACCAAUAAAGGGAUGAAGCUUGAUUUUAAAAGCCUAGAAGCUGUGAAUCCCUCAAUGAAGCUUCUUGGAGAUCUGCAACUUAGGCAACCUAUUUGGAUAAAUGCAGACAUACUUCUAGGACCAAAAGGAAAUCACCCUGUCGUAGAUGCAAAGGGAUUCCUGGACACAGUGAUUUCAUCUUUUCCAGAUGUAACUUUAUCUUUGGGAUGGACUACUGGGAGAAUUAAUUCAAAAUGCAAUACAGGUUACAGUUUAGCCAUGGUACAAGAAAUGGCAGCAAUAUGUAGAGAUCGUACUCAGCCAAUCACAUUUGCUGUAAGAGCUGAUUUGGUUUGUCGGUCAAUAUCUGAACUUCUGUGGUUACUACAGCAAUCAGACAGGUACACAUUAACCAUUUGGACUGGAAAGGAUGAUGAAUAUUCCGUAGAUGAUUUACUCUUCAUCAGACGCAGCUUUGAUAAAUAUAGAGUUUUUUAUGAUAUCUUGGAGCCACAAAAUUCUGAAUUCAGAAAAGCCAUAGGAAUAUUAAAAGGACAAAUAAAACAGCCCUGUCAAAAUGUAUUUAGGCAUUAGACUGAAUGAAAAAAUGCAUUACAUUGAAUUGUAAAUUCCUAUCACUGAUGGAACACAAUUGUACUUACUGAAGUGGAUGCUUUCAUCAAGUUCCCUUCCACAGCUUCAUCUUCUGCCUUCACAAAAGUUGCUCUUAUAAAUGGUAUGGAAUUUUGGAGGGGAGGGAAAUAAAUUGAGGGAUGCUAUGGGAGAAAUUAUUUCCCCUUGCAUGAAUAAAGGCGAAACCAAGAUCAAAGUUGCAUUUUAAAAAAUCAAACCUUUUAAAAUCUUCUUUGAUUUUCAAAGUUUAUUUAUCCCCAUUACAGAAUGAGAUUCUUAAAUUCUUAAAUUGAGAAGAAUUUUCAAAAACUUCACAGAAACCUAUUAUUAUUAUUACUAUUAUUAUUACUAUUAUUAUUAUUAUUAUUAUUCAUAUAAAUCAUCUUACAUUGAAGUUAGUUUGGUACCUAUUUCUAAGCCUUAGUGAAUCCAGUGAUGAGGGAGCAGGAACUGGAAAAGCCUUGCCCAUAGGCUCUGCACAUUCCUUCAUUAAUUUGUCUGUGAAAGUGAGUUUGACAGGUUAAUGGGCAUCAUUUAGGAGAUGUGUGUGUGACACAUGGGCUACUAUUAUGAAGGCUGUACUCCUUUGUAUGGAAACAAACGUUGCCAAAUCAUCCUGGAGGAUAUGUGAUUACCCUGGUUAACAGCUGCUUUCCUACCAUGUCAAGGGACUCACUAAAGUAUACAGGCAUGAUGUCAAUGCUGCUAACAUCGGAUG